UUGAAAAUUUUCUACACAUCGCAGCUGACCUGAUCUCCCACGAACCAAAUACGGCCCGAGCCAUCGACCGAUCCAAUUCCAAUUCCAAUCCAUCCCCGAUGGAGCAGCGUCACGCGGACCAAAUGCAGGGCGAGCACCCGAAGCGGGAGUCUCCUGACCAUGGCCAGCAGCAGCAGCCUUCCUCCCUGAACCCGACGGCCGCGAGGCUGGUCCGGGAGUCCAUCCUCUCCAGCAAUAACCCCAAGCCGGCGGACGGCGAGGAUGGGAAGCCGUCGGCGGACGUCUCGUCGGACAUCCUGGCCUUCGCUCGCUCCGUCGACAGGGUGGACUCCAGCCUCGAGUGACCUUAAUUACCUCGCGUUAAUUUGUACCCACUUGACUGUAGUACCGUAAUAAAAUGUUUGGCCAUUUCUUUCGCA